AUGGCCUUAAAUUUAAAAGACAAAAAAUCGCUCUCCCAACAAAUUCUUCCUGAAGUUGAUUUUAAUGUUACGCCUACAGGAAUUACUAUUUCUGCCUCUGACCGCUUAUCUAAUCCGAGAUUUAUUCCUUUUAAUCAUCCAGGCCGUUGCCGUGAAUGUAAAUCAACAGAGGUAGAAAUUGAUUUUAUAGUUACAAAAGAAGGUGUCACCAUCUUCUGUAACCGUGUUAAGGGAAAUCAAUUCGUACCCUUCGAUACUAUUUAUGAACUUCCAGGUCAUUGUUUUUUCAAAAUUAAAAAUAAGGCGCGAGUUGUUAAUAUAAAUCAUAGUACUCCUGUAUCAACUCCUAUUGAUCAUUUCCUUAGUCAAAAUCAUGUUGAAAAAUCAAAAGAAAUUUUUCCUUUAGAAAUACAGGUGAAAACUGAGGAACCAGCAAUAGAAGAGGUAAAUGAAGAAAAUAGAAAGAGACGAAGUACAAGUGAGCCUUUGAUUGAAGAAAUUCCAAUUCACUCACCAACUUUAGCACAAAAUUUAAAAGAUAUUAUUUACCCCACUUCUGUUUAAUUUUAUUAAUAAUUUAAAAUUAUAAUGGAUUUAAUAAAUUUUUUGAAUAAAGAUAUUAAAUUAAAAUUGCCUUUUGGAUUAAUAAUUUCAGGCCCAAGUUCUAGUGGUAAAAGCACAUUUCUUUUAAAAUUUAUUUCCCAAACUGAUUAUUUGAUUCACCCAACGCCAAAAAGUAUUCUUUAUUGCUUUGGAGAAAUGAGUUCAAUCGUUCCUAUACUUCAAAAAUCUGGUAUUAGUGUCUAUGCAGGUGUUCCCUCAGAAGAUGUCAUAAGUAAAUUACUCAAACCUUCUCUAAUAAUUCU